AUGGAUAACCUAUCAAGACGUUUGAUCCAACUAUCCAAAAACGAGCUUGUUCAAAAAAUUCUUGAGUCGGAAGCGGCUUUAAACGAAUUUCAAGAGUCUAGUCGGGACUUGGAAAGAGCUCUUGAAGAAGAAUUACAUGAGUUGGAAAGCACCAACGUUGUAUUAAUCAAGCAAUUACAGAACUUCAAGGGGCAGCUCAAUAGCUCUCGACAGCAAAAAUUGGAUCUUGGUCGCGAGGUUGGCUCAUUACAGGAGCUUAUUCAAGAAAAAGAUGCUGAGAUUAGUCAUCUACGCCAAAAAAUUGUCAAUAUUGAGAUCUUGAAUGAUUCUAUGGAAAGCCAAGAUAGAAUCAUGACUAGCAAGUAUGAACUACAGCAAAGUUUCAAUAACGAGCUUUUGGAAAAAUUGGCCAUUCUUGAAGACGAAGUCGAUAGAUUGCGUAAGUUAAAUAUUGAGAAAGGAUUAUACAUUACCAACUAUCAAAACCAAAUUGAAGAAUUGAAUUUGAAAGUUACUAGUCUAGAGAGUCAAGUUUAUAAGGAACAAGCUGGUGCGGUUGCUGGUGCGGGUGAUAGUUGCGAAAAUGGCGACGUCCUGAUUUUGAGUAUCAAGGAGAUGCUCAAAACUACACCGCCUCCUAAACAUUCCAAUAACUCCACCAAAAACUCCAACAGCGACUAUCCAUUGGGACAAAUAAAGAAAUCUGAUUCUCUACAAAAAUUGAAAAAUUUGACUAGAGAUAUCGAAGUAUUUCUUUAUGGAUUUAAUGGACAAAAGAAUGAUAGUAGUAAUAAUACUACUACUAAUACUUAUACUACUGCUACUACUAAUACUAGUAGUAAUAACAAGAUGACCAUAUUUAAAUCACCUUCUACAAUUGAGUUGAACAAGCAUGAAACUCCUCCCGCUAUAAGAAGCGAUAAAAGUACCACCACCACCACCACCACCACCAGUAACAGCAACAGCAAUAGUAUCAAAAGAUUAUCGUAUAAUAGCCAAUUCACAAACCUACCGUCUAUCAAUGGAAGCCCUACAACAACAAAGCGCAUCACUCAGAAUAUAAAGUAA